AUGGCGAAGCAAAUUCAUGAGAUCAAGGACUUCCUCCUUACUACAAGAAUUGAAGGAUGGACGACGUGUACGUUUAAGAGAAUGAAGGAUGCUAUGAAGUUCAAGGUUCGGUGCUCAAAGUACCCAUACAGCAUUUGCGUGUUUGAUUUCGAGAAGGCAAACAAGUUGAAGCAAUCUCUUUCUCCAGGCUUAAGCGUGCAGGACCUAUGA